AUGUUUAUAAGUGGAGUAGAGAGAAACGCCGGGCGGCAUCCAAGAGAGAGAGAGAGAGGGGAAAUGGGCGGUUGGGCUAUAGCGGUGCACGGCGGCGCUGGUGUGGAUCCAAACCUCCCUAAGGAGCGUCAAGAGCAGGCCAAGAAACUCCUCACUCGCUGCCUCGACAUCGGCAUCUCCGCCCUCCGCUCCUCUCUCCCUCCCAUUGAUGUCGUCGAGCUUGUAAUACGAGAGCUGGAGAGUGAUCCUUUGUUCAAUUCGGGGCGCGGGUCUGCGCUGACUGCGGAAGGGACGGCGGAGAUGGAGGCGAGCAUCAUGGACGGGGUCGGGCGGCGAUGUGGGGCCGUCUCGGGCGUCACCACCGUCAAGAACCCCAUCUCGCUCGCCCGUCUCGUCAUGGAUAAAUCGCCGCAUUCCUAUCUUGCUUUCUCCGGAGCCGAGGACUUCGCCAAACAACAGGGAGUGGAGUUGGUUGACAAUGAUUACUUCAUCACUGAGGACAACCUCGGAAUGCUGAAAUUGGCCAAAGAAGCCAAUUCAAUCAUAUUCGACUAUCGGAUUCCUCUGUGCGGGGCAGAGGCGGACGGUCCGCCGCUGAAGAUGAACGGGCUCCCGAUCAGCGUGUACGCCCCGGAGACGGUGGGGUGCGUGGUGGUGGACGGGGAGGGCCGGUGCGCGGCGGGGACGUCCACGGGCGGGCUGAUGAACAAGAUGUCGGGUCGGAUCGGGGACUCCCCGCUGAUCGGGGCGGGCACGUACGCGUGCGAGGCGUGCGCGGUGUCGUGCACGGGCGAGGGGGAGGCCAUCAUACGCGGCACGCUGGCCCGCGACGUGGCGGCGGUGAUGGAGUACAAGGGGAUGGGGCUGCAGGAGGCGGUGGACUUCGUGAUCGAGCGGAGGCUCGACGGAGGCGGCCAGGCCGGGCUCAUCGCGGUGUCGAGCAAAGGGGAGGUGGCGUGUGGCUUCAACUGCAAUGGGAUGUUUAGGGGGUGUGCUAAUCAGGAUGGCUUCAUGGAGGUUGGGAUUUGGGAUCAGUAGACUCCAGAGUUAUAUCACCAUAAUGCUCCUUAGUUUUAAUUACUGUUUAAUGGUAUUGCUUUUGAUAAUUUUCAAUAUGGUAUGUGCUCCUUUUGUUUUUAUUUAGUUGUAUGUGUCUUGUUUAAUGGCCUAUAUCAUUUUCAUA